AUGCCCGCUGCGCCGAAGAAGGCCACGAACGGUGGCACACCGGCGGUUGUCGCGGCGGAAGCCGUCCAGUCGUCAUCGAAGAGCAACCGUCUACCAUAUCGCCACCCUUGGCGCCUUUAUCUCCCGGUAGCCAUUAUGUUCGCGCUUCUCAACAACCUCGCCUUCAGAGUCGAAGUGGAUGCCACGGGCAAGACGUUGGUGCUGCCCGAAUACGUGCGUGCAGCCGCCAUGGAGCGCUACGCGCUGCGCAGAUCGAUGGCCGCCGGCCAAGGUCCGACGGAGCGGAUCCCCUUCAACGCAUUUUUGUUUUUCGAAGAGGACGUGAUGGGGACACUGCUUCAAGCUGGCCUCUUCCUCUUUGGCAGUCACUCUGGUAUUCAGGCGGUGUGCGUCCUCGCUUGGCUGAUACACUUGUUCGAGCUCGGCGUGUGCUUCCGCAUCUGCUGGUCCUGCAACGCGUCCUUUCUAGUGACGUUGCGCUACAUGUUCUGCACGUGUGCCGGCGGCUUUACGCAGCUGUCGCCGCUCAUCAAGGUGAGGGAUGCGUGGGUGGAGGAGAUGCGGGCCACCGCCGCCGUCCGCGCGGUGCCGAGGUCGAGGAAGAAUGAAUGA